AUGUUCACCAAUGGUGUACCAUUGGCAAAAAAUGAUGAUAAAAAUGAUUUCAAGUCGCUUAAAUUAACUCAUCGUAAUGAUUCUGAUUCGAGUGAAUCUUCUGAAACAAUCUAUGUGAAUCGUCAAGAUAAUGGAGAUGAUCAUAAACACUUGAGCAAACGAGCAGCUUUCACAACAGAUCAACGAAAAUUUCAGAAUGACAUGCUAUAUGCACAUAAUUACUAUCGUUCUUAUUACUGUGCUCAAGCUCUUCAACUUGAUGAUACACUUAGUCGUUCAGCACAAAACUUUGCUGAAAAACUUGCUUACGCAAAUCAAUUUUAUCAUAGUGGAACACAAGGUGUCGGUGAAAAUCUCUACAUGGCAAGUGGCAUGACAAUUAAUGGUUAUACAGCAGUAAUUUCUUGGUACAAGGAAAUUCAGAAGUACAAUUUUAAUAGUGGAGGCUUUUCAAUGGCUACGGGUCAUUUUACACAACUCGUGUGGAAAAGUACGACAAGAGUCGGUGUGGGUGUUGCUUAUGGUAAUGGAGGUCGUUCUGUCUAUGUUGUUGCUCAAUAUACACCUCCAGGCAAUGUUAUAGGUCAAUUUCAAGCUAAUGUUCGUCCACAAGGCAGUUGCUGA